GUUUAUGUACAGACUUGGUAUUACUAUCAUACAAUUAAUAUUCAUUCUAAGCGUUGCUCAACGAAAUUUUCAAUCUAAGCUUAUGAAGAUGGUGAAGUACCAGCACUUGGUCUACUGUGUUCUUUUGUUCAUCUCUUUGAUUGAUUUAAGAACGGCAGCUCGCAGUAAUCCCCCUGACGAUGUUUUGGAAUGGGUUCAAAAAGAUGAUCGCCGUUUCCUGCGUGCCAAUAUCAGAGUUGGUGAUAUUAAUCGAACCAUUAAGUUUUACACCGAGUUUUUUGGGAUGAAAGUGUUGAGCAGAAAAGAUUUCCCAGAAGUAAAUAUCUCAAAUGCAGUCAUUGGGUUUGGAUCUGAAGAGACUCAAUUUGUUCUGGGCCUCAGCCAACACCACAGUGCAGUUGACAAAUUGGAGCUCGGAACAGCCUUCAGUCAUUUUGGAAUUACAACCCAAGAUAUUUAUACAAUGGUUGAAAAAAUUCGAGCUGCUGGUGGGGUGAUCACUCGUGAACCGGGGCCAGUCGCACCUGGUGGGACUACCAUCUACGCCUUUGUGAAUGAUCCCGAUGGCUACAGUUUCGAGCUCAUCCUCAGGCCGCCAUCACCAGAACCACUUAACCAUAUGUGUCUUAAUGUGGUUGAUAUUGAUCGUUCUAUUGAAUUCUACGAAAAGGCUUUGGGAAUGAACUUACUAGUGCCAAAGUACGACAAUACUCAAGAGCAGUAUACUGUAGCUAUGGUGGGCUAUGGAUCCAACUAUACUCAGACGACCGUCAUCGAGCUGAAAUAUAACUUUAAUGUGACAGAGUAUACCAAAGGAAAUGGAUAUGCACAGGUUGCUAUGGGCAGUGGCGGAACUAGAGAGUUCCAUUUGGGGGGUUCUUGUCUAAAUCAUAUUAAAUCUAUACACCAAUUACCUGUGCCCAUGUGUGCAAGUGAAAAGUUUGGGGGGGCCAGGGCCACCACCGGCCCCUUAAUAGUUCCGCCACUGGCUAUGGGCACUGAUGAUGUAUACAAGAGCGCAGCAGCUGUUGAACAGGCUAUCCAGGAACUUGGUGGGAAAAUAAUUCGACCACCAGGUCCACUUCCAAUUAUCGGGACCAAAAUCACUGCAUUCCUUGAUUCAGAUGGCUUUGAAACAGUGUUGGUGGACAAUGAAGACUAUCUUAAUUAUCUUAAACAAUUCAAGAAAGAGUGAUGAAGGGAAAUGCUUUGCAUUCAUUUGGGUAUUGUUUAUGUUUUUGAAUUUGAAUAAAGAAGUCCUGUCCUCGGCUUCUAGAUUUACCCUCCCGUUUAUGUAGUUGCUAUUCAAAUCUCUUAAUUUGAUACCAUGUUCUAUGCAACCAAGUAUAUCAUCAAUUCUUUUUUGUUUCAGCGAGUGA